AUGCUACACGGAGGCGUCAAGCCCAAGCCGAGUCCGCUCGACCCCGAGUACUGGCGUGGCAUUACGCACUCGGUGGAGGCGCAUCCGCAGGCCACACUCGUGCACUCGCCGCUGCCGGUGCAAGGGUACCGGCCACCGGUCGCGUCGCCCAUGCACCCGGUGAUGAUUAGUCCAAUCCCGUCGCAGGCGCGACAGGCGAGCCACGGCUUUGACAUGCACCAAAUGGACUACGCAUACGCCGACGCUUCGUCGUUGCGAACGCAGCUCCGGCACGCGUUCAUGGCGCUCUCGUCGGACGUCCGCCAGGUGCUGCAGGCGUACGACGUGCACCGCAGCGGCGGUCUACCGACCGACAUGUUUCAGGACGCACUCGCCCAAGUAGGCAUCUACCUCUCGCCGCUGCUGCUCGCAGAGAUCCACCGGCGCUUUUACGCGCCGCCCGUCGACGCGAUCGACUACCACGCCCUCGCCACGUACUUGGCGCUGGACCGUUCCGAAGUCGAUCGAAUAUUGCAAGACAUUGGCCGGCGAAUCGCUGCGCAAGGCUCGAUCGACAGCAUGCGCCACAUGCUCCAGCAGUACGACCACCACAGCACAGGCUGCGUCCCUCGGCACAUUUUUUUGGAUUUUUGCCACCGGUAUGGAUCGGCGCCCGAUGUCGAGCUGCACUGGCUCGCGCAGUUCUUUGCCCACCCGUACGACACGCAGCUCGUCUCGUAUGCGCGGAUGCUUGAACUCUUUCCCGGGAACCACAAGCCAUCGCAGCAGCAAUACGCCCCGCCUCGCCCGAUGAGUGCGCCAGUGCCCGUCUCGCCCAUGACGUCCCAUCUGUCGCAUCACGCAUACCCCGUGCACCCGACGCCGCAGGGCUACCCGCCGCCGUCGCACCACACGGGGUUCACAACCAUGGUCAACCACGCAGUGCCCGCCGCCAAGAUGGUGCUGCAGAAGAACGGGUGGAUCUGCCGCGUCUGCGCCCACCAGCAAGUCGAAGACUGGGUCACGCACUGCGAGAUCUGCGACACGUCCAAGCCGCACGGCGGCGCGCGCGGUAUCUUUGUCAAGUGCCCCCACUGCAAGUUUGACAACAACUUUGAUGCGGUCACGUGCGAGCUGUGCCACCACGGUCUGCAGGCCAAGCCCAAGAAAGCUCGCAAGAAAAAGUACUACUCGAGCAGCUCGUCCUCGUCGUCGUCGUCGUCGUCGUCGUCGUCGUCGUCGUCGUCGUCGUCGGGCGGUGAUUCGCGACGGCGGCGGCGGCGCAAGGGCAAGCAGCACCGCCGCCAGCGCCAUGAAGACGACUCGGUCCGCUUUACAAAAGGCGAAGUCAUCCAGGCCAUGCCACUCCACAAGCACGAGUACGUUCUCGGCACGAUCGUCAAGGUGCACAAAGAGGAUCGCACGUAUGAUGUCAAGUUUGACACGGGGAAGCUCGAGCGCUACGUGCCCGAGGACUCGAUUCGCGAACGCCCUGAGCCCAUCUUCACGUCCGAGUCGGAUGCUGGGCCGGCGUACAAGCCGGGGCAGCGCGUGCGGGCCAACUACAAGGAGCAAGGCGACUGGGUCGGCGCCGUGAUCGCCAAGGUGCACUCGGAUGGAUCCUGUGACGUUGAGUAUGAGACGGGCAAGAUGGAAAACCGGGUCAAGCCCAGCGCGAUUCGGCCGCCCAGUCCCAAGAAGAAGCCGCAAGUCGUCACCGACUCGUCCGAGAGCGACGUCAAGGUCGUUUACGAGAAAGGCCAGCGCGUCGAAGCCAAGUACAGUGGCAAGACCUGGAAGGGCGGAGUCGUGACGCGGCGUCGGGUCAACGGGACGUACGAUAUUGACUACGACGAAGGGGAGAAGGAGACGGGCAAGCCGACGGAAGAGUUGACGACAACGACCGAGGAUGACAAGCCCAAGCGCGGCAAGUUUAAGCAAGGCGACAAGAUUGAAGCGCGGUUCAAGGGCAAGGACAAGUUCUACCCUGGUGUCAUUGCCCGCGCACGGCUCAAUGGUACCUACGACAUCGACUAUGACGACGGCGAGAAGGAGACGAUGGUGAAAGCCGACCUUGACCCGUCGACGACUGAAGAUGACAAGCCCAAGCGCGGCAAGUUCAAGCAAGGUGACAAGAUUGAGGCACAGUACAAGGGCAAGGACAAGCUCGCCAAAGAAGAAAAAGGCGGAAGACUCCCACAGAAGACGAUAACCAAAAAGUUCAAAGAAGGCGACAAGAUUGAGGCGCAGUACAAGGGCAAGUCCAAGUACUACCCCGGUGUCAUUUCCCGGGCUCGCCUCAACGGGACGUACGACAUUGAUUACGACGACGGCGAGAAGGAGACGGGUGUCGCUGCCGAGCUCAUUCGUCUCAAGGGCGGGACAUCACCGAAGAAGAAAUCGAACGACACCACCGACGACGACAAGCCAAGGAAGUACAAGGAAGGCGACAAGGUCGAGGCGCAGUACAAGGGCAAGUCCAAGUACUACCCUGGCGUCAUUGCUCGUGCGAGGCUGAACGGCACCUACGACAUCGACUACGACGACGGCGAGAAGGAGACUGGUGUUGCUGCUGACUUGAUCAAGCCGAAAGGGGGCUCAUCGCCAAAGAAGAAGCCGUCGAACGACUCGGACGAUGACCGCAAGCCAAAAAAGUUCAAAGAAGGCGACAAGAUUGAGGCCCAGUACAAGGGCAAGUCCAAGUACUACCCCGGUGUCAUUUCCCGGGCUCGCCUCAACGGGACGUACGACAUUGAUUACGACGACGGCGAGAAGGAAACGGGUGAGCGCAUCGAGGCGCAGUACCAAGGCAAGACCAAGUAUUAUCCCGGUGUCAUUGCGCGCGUUCGCGCCAACGGCACCUACGACGUCGACUACGACGACGGUGAAAAGGAAAAAGAAGUCGCACCAAAGUUCAUUCGGUCGCGGGCGUCAAGCCCCGGGAAAAAGAAGGCGUCGAGCUCGGACGACGAGCGCAAGCCGGCCAAGAAGUUGAAGGAAGGCGACAAGGUCGAAGCGCAGUACAAGGGCAAGUCCAAGUUCUACCCUGGCGUCAUUACCCGCGCUCGCCUCAACGGCACGUUCGAUAUCGACUACGACGACGGCGAGAAGGAAACCGGGGUUGCUGCCGACUUGAUCAAGCUCAAGGAAGGCGGUGCUUCGCCGUCCACGUACCGCGUUGGCGCCAAAGUCGAAGCGCAGUACAAGGGCAAGAAGGAGUUCUUCAAGGGUACUAUCACAAAAGACCAUGGGGAUGGACGCUAUGACAUUGAGUACGACGACGGCGACAAAGAACUCAAAGUAUCCAGCGGACUCAUGCGGCCACUCAAGACGACGCCGGCAGCGCCAAGCGCAUCGCGCGGUCUCUCCAACUUUCAGCGCCUCGCUUCGACGUCGACCAAGAAGAAGAGCGGGAAUAGCUCCGACUAG